CGUUUGCACAAUACGUAAACACAGAACUAUAACAAUGAACAUCUACAUACUAGUAGUCAUUAUUGGAGUAUGCAGUGCGACCAUUGUGCAACAUUCACAAAGACAACAAGAAUUGGUUGACGAAGAAUGCAGUAGCUGUGCAACCGUACCAGACUUGAAGAAAGAAUUGGAAAAAUUGAGACUGAUGAUCAUACAGGUCGAUAAAUUAUGCAAAACCCAAGUUAAUCCCUGCAGUAAGAAUCCAUGUUUGAAUGGCGGGAAAUGCACUGUUUCUAGUUCAAGUUACCAGUGCAAAUGCUUGAAUGGAUAUUCGGGUAAAGAUUGUCAAGUUAAUCCCUGCAGUAAGAAUCCAUGUUUGAAUGGCGGGACGUGCACUGUUUCUAGUUCAAGUUACCAUUGCAAAUGCUUGAAUGGAUAUUCGGGUAAAGAUUGUCAAGUUGAAACCUGCAGUACGAAUCCAUGUUUGAAUGGCGGGACGUGCACUGAUUCUAGUUCCGGUUACCAGUGCAAAUGCUUGAAUGGGUUUUCGGGUAAAGAUUGUCAAGUUUGUGCAAUUUCUGCAAAUGAUUGGACACUUUAUGAUGGAAAGUAUUACAUGUUCGUUGAAAACGCGAUAAACUGGAACAAUGCUCAGGUAAAUACUUUUAGACAAAUUAAUCCCUGCAGUAAGAAUCCAUGUUUGAAUGGCGGGACGUGCACUGUUUCUAGUUCAAGUUACCAUUGCAAAUGCUUGAAUGGAUAUUCGGGUAAAGAUUGUCAAGUUGAAACCUGCAGUACGAAUCCAUGUUUGAAUGGCGGGACGUGCACUGAUUCUAGUUCCGGUUACCAGUGCAAAUGCUUGAAUGGGUUUUCGGGUAAAGAUUGUCAAGUUUGUGCAAUUUCUGCAAAUGAUUGGACACUUUAUGAUGGAAAGUAUUACAUGUUCGUUGAAAACGCGAUAAACUGGAACAAUGCUCAGCAAGACUGUUUGUCACGUGGUGGAAGAUUGGCUGAAGUUUAUUCUCAGAAUGUUGGAGCCUGGUUAAGACGUCAAGCCAGCCGAAGAGGUGGAUCAGGUUGGUGGGUAGGGGCAUCAGAUCUGGCCCAAGAAGGAGUGUGGACCUGGACAUCAGGAAACCAGGUCGAGUAUACUGACUGGGCAUAUAGGGAACCAAACAAUGGUGGAUGGAAAACUAACCAAGACUGUCUCCAGCUAUGGAAAGAGAAAUCAUAUCGCUGGGAUGAUCUUCGGUGCUCAGAUUUUCGGAAUUACAUUUGUCAGAGGAAGACUUGUAAUAGUGAUGAUUAGCGGAUAUCUUCACAGUAAUACUUGGUCUAAUGAAGAACGGAAACUGAUUUGAAAUUUGAUAAACAGACUGAUACAAAUAAUUGAUAUGAUUAGCUUCUUUUAUUGCAUUAAACUCUAUAUACAACUUA